UCCUACGCACACUCCUUUUUAGACCCAUCACAACAUCCAUCACAACAUAAAUAUCUAUGACUGUCAAUUUUUUGGAAAACUAAACAAUUUCUCAUUUUAUUUCAAUAACUUUUUAAUAAUGGUUGAAACUCUAAGUGUUUCUCUAUCGGGGACUGCGUUUUCACUACUUCUUUACGACAACGUUUGUUCGUUGUACAAUCAAGAAGGCUUUUUGUUGGGAGAUAUCACCGAAAAUGAAACGCAAUCGUUAACUGAUAACGAUGUUAAUAUGGUUAAAAAGGAGCGAAUUAUUAAAAUAAAUACAGCAGUUCCUUGUCCAAAUAUUGGAUUUUUUUAUGAUGGAACUGGAAAAAUUGAUAAGAACAAAAUGGAAGAAUUUUUAGGUGGCAAUUUAGGAAAAGUGGUCGCUUGGUUUAAAUUUAAGCGUGCAAACGGUUUUAGACUUACAGUUCGAGAGAAAAUAAUCCAUAAAAACUUAUCUAAAUCAUUCAGUAUUCUUGAUAAUUUAUUUACGUGUUGUUUAUUGACGAAUUCAUUGAACAGAGAGCACCCGACGCAUCUUUAUUCACAAAUUUUUAUUAGAUAUAAUGAAAUGGCUUUUCAAAAUGUUUCAAUGCAUAUAGUGAACUUAUCAGAUCCAAGUCAUACUUAUAAGAAUCCAGAAAUAACAUCAGAAAGUUCUAAAAGGCUUUAUCGAUCUUUGAAUUUUGAAAAAAAGGAUUGUUAUGGUAGUGAUAUACUUUCGAAAAUAAAUAAAGCCAUUGAAACAAGAACAGAUGAAGCUUCCAAGCAGUUAUUAGAAGCUGAAGAGAGAAUGCGACAAUUAGAAAAAAAUGUUAUGGAAUACCAAGAUAAGAUAAGAGAGAAAAAUAACAAAUUAAAUGGCUGUAUUGAAAAUGGAGUUAAUUUCGAGGAUGGAAAUUGUAAUAAAGCUUGUUCUAGUGUUAAUGACUAAAAAUUAAUUAACUUUAAUAAGAAAUUGCUCAAACUAAUUUUUUUUUGUUAGUUUAUUUUUAUACAGUGCCAAAAACUAUUUCUGUUAUUUAAACUCAUUUUUUCAGGUGCCUUUAAUAAAUAUUAAGUAUUUUGAACUUAA